UAUAGCCUAUCCCUCUCAUUCACACUCCUAAAAAACCAAACACACUCUCCCUCUGAUCUCUCUCUCUCUUUCUCUCUGACAGAUAGAAAGAGUUCGUAACAAAACAAGCUAGUCGGAGGAGAGGCUUAAAUGGAGAAUAUAUGCUGAUGAUCGAGUCCAUGGACAGGAAAGAUCAAGAGCUGAAGACUGAGAAUUCAUUAAUGGCAAAUUCGACAUUUUCCGAUGAGAUUCCGAGCAGUUUUGCUUUACCAGCAAGCAUCUUCGACAUGCCAUGUGAUCAUCAGGGAGAUCAUCAAAAGGGCUCGUCCUCAGGCUUCAUGGACAUGCUGGCCGGCAUCUCGGACUACCCCCCCUCUUUAUUCGAAUGGUUUUCCGCACCGAUGAUGCCUCAGCCGCAACAGCAGCAACAACAACAAGAACAACAACACCCGCUUCCCUCUCCGGCCUCGACGUUUCCCGAAUCGUCCGAGGUGGUGAAUACUCCGGCGACGCCGAACUCUUCGUCGAUUUCUUCGUCCUCCAAUGAAGCAGCGAAUGAGGGACAAAAUAAGGCUGGUGGAGAAGAGGAAGACCAGGACGACCAAGAAAAGAAUAAGAAACAGUUGAAACCCAAAAAGAAGAACCAAAAAAGGCAAAGAGAGCCCAGAUUUGCGUUCAUGACAAAGAGCGAGGUUGAUCACCUUGAUGAUGGGUACAGAUGGAGGAAGUACGGCCAGAAAGCUGUGAAAAAUAGUCCUUAUCCAAGGAGCUACUACCGUUGCACCACUGCUGGAUGUGGCGUGAAGAAGCGAGUGGAGCGUUCCUGUGAUGACUCUACGAUUGUGGUCACGACCUAUGAAGGACAGCACACGCAUACGUGUCCGGUGACACCCCGUGGAAGCAUCGGAAUAGCGACAGAAGCCGCCGGCUACAGCAGUUUGUCUUCACCAUUUGUUGUUCCACAGCCUCAGUAUCAACAACAGCAACAUCCUUAUAUAUAUAGCUCACAGCUGCCUUUGAAUGUUAACACUACUAAUUUGAAUCCCUCGUUUCCUCGUUUUGUCCAAGAGAGACGUUUUGGCACGUCCUCGGCAACAUUGCUUAGAGACCAUGGACUUCUGCAGGACAUCGUUCCGUCGCAGAUGCGAAAGGAGCCCAAAGAGGAGUAGAUUAAUGGUUAAUUUAUCUGUUAAUGGUAUGUGAUUCUCUGACUCGUAUGAGUUUUGUCUUCAGGGAAGAACCCACUUCGACAUUUCAUAUAGAUCUUCUGGAUUAUCAGUGUAAAAUGACUACCGUUUUAGCCUUGGAGGGACUCGUUUUGGGUUCGGUUGUUUUUUUAUUUUUAAUUCUUUGUACUUGGAGAUUAUUCAAUUAUGGAUAUAUAUUUGUAUC